GAAGUAAGCCUAUUUUAUACCGUGUUCCCGCGAAUGAAGCGGGCCAUCCAUCAAGAUGGUAUCGCUGGCACGAGGAACCAACCUCCGGCUCAGUGUCACCAUGAUGAAGCUCGCUCUGGUCCUGUCCAUUAGCACCAGCUUGAUAAGUCCAGUCCAGUCCAGUUUCAUCCGGUUUAAACCAGACACCGAGUACAUCUAUACUUUCCACUCUUCCACGGAUCUGAAGAAGGUCCGAACACUGCACGCCGAGUCUCAGAUUGGCUUUGUAUUGGUGAGGGGAUUUGGCAAGAGCAACGAGCUCCAGGAGAUUUAUCUGCGGGUGCAUUCGGCGUCCGUUACUAGCCAGGAUGAACGAGUUCUUCUGAGUGAAGAGAAAGACUUUAGCGAUUGGUUUUCCUUUGAUAUCAGUGAAAACGGAGCGAUCGGUCAAGUAUACUACCCACGUGAUGAAGACGAUCACGUGAUAUGGGCCAAGAAAGGUCUGGCUAGUCUCUUAGCUGGUAACCUGCAACAUCCUCCAGCAGACAAGAAGCUCAACGCUCGCUAG